AUGUACAAGAAGAUCAAUACUCCGCUCCUCAUCCAGAAGGUCGCUUCCGUCUCUCAAAAGAGAGCCUUCUCCACCAAGUUGAGCACACAAUCUGUCCAAAAGGUUCCAAUGAUCAUCAAUGGUGAACGCCGUAUCUCCAAGAGCAAUGAAUGGAUUGAAAUUCAUAACCCUGCUACCAACGAAGUGAUCGCAAUGGUUCCGCAAUCCACUGAUGCUGAGAUGGCUGAGGCUGUUCAAAACUCAAAGGAUGCUUUCAAGGAAUGGAGAGAAUGGAGCGUUUCUAGACGUGUCCGUGUCUUGUAUAAACUCAGACAAAUGUUAGAAGAUCAAACUCCAGAACUUGCCAAGUUGGUUACCCAAGAACAAGGUAAAACACUCAAAGAUGCCGAAGGAGAUGUUUUCCGUGGUAUUGAAGUCGUUGAGCAUGCUUGCAAUAUGGCUGUUCUCCAAAUGGGUGAUACCACUGAGAAUAUUGCAAAACAUAUUGAUAUUUACAGCUACAAACAACCAUUGGGCGUUACUGCUGGUAUUUGUCCAUUCAACUUUCCAGCUAUGAUUCCAUUGUGGAUGUUCCCAAUGGCUGUUGCAACUGGUAACACCAUGGUUUUGAAGCCAUCCGAACGUGAUCCAAGUGCCGGUGUCAGAAUUGUCGAAAUGGCCCUCGAAGCUGGUUUGCCAAAGGGUGUCGUCAACGUUAUUCACGGCAAGAAGCCAACUGUGGACUUUAUUUGCAGAAAUCCAGAUAUCAAGGCCAUCUCAUUUGUCGGUGGUAACACUGCUGGUGAAUACAUCUUUGCUGAAGGUACCAAGCACGGAAAGCGUGUUCAAGCAAACUUGGGUGCCAAGAAUCAUGCUGUUGUGUUACCAGAUGCUAGAAAGGAAGAUACCAUCAAUGCUUUGUGCGGUGCUGCCUUUGGUGCUGCUGGCCAACGAUGUAUGGCUUUGACCACUGCCAUUUUGGUUGGUGACGCCAAGGAUUGGGUUCCAGAAAUUGUUGCCAAGGCUAAAGGCUACAAGGUCAAUGUUGGUACUGAUCCAGCUGCUGAUCUUGGUCCAUUGAUUUCACCUCAAUCCAAGACUCGUGUAGAAAGUUUGAUUGCCUCUGCUGAACAAGAAGGUGCCAAGGUUGUUUUGGAUGGACGUGGAAUUGUUGUGAAGGGUUAUGAACGUGGAAACUUUGUUGGCCCAACCAUUGUGACUGAUGUUAAGGCAAACAUGAAGUGCUAUACUGAGGAAAUCUUUGGUCCUGUCAUGCUCAUCAUGUUCGCUAAGGAUUUGGAUGAAGCCAUCAAGAUUAUUAACACCAACCCAUACGGAAACGGAACUGCCAUCUUUACUAGAUCUGGUCCAGCUGCUCGUAAAUUCCAAUAUGAGGUUGAUGCUGGUCAAGUUGGUAUCAAUUUGCCAAUUCCUGUUCCACCUCCAUUCUUCUCAUUCACUGGUUCACGUGCUUCCAUCAGAGGAGACUUGAACUUUUAUGGUAAGGCUGCUGUUCAAUUCUACACUCAAACAAAGACUAUCAUGUCCAACUGGCGUGAAGAUGAAUCAGGAAUGUCAUUCGGUACUGUCAUGCCAACCUACAAGAAAGUUACAAGUCCUCCAGUUCCAACAGAGAAAUCUCAAGAAAGCCAUCAAUCCACUGAGGAGAAUUCUGUUACUACGGAACCAUUUCAACGUCCUGUAGUAGUGGUGGAAGAUGCUUGUAACGCAACAACUUUGGAUCUAAAUGAACAGUCUUGUCAACCUUAUUCAACAUCCACCACUGCUGCAUCCACUGUUCCCCUACGAGUUGUGAUUAAACUCGAAGAUCAGGCAAGAUCGAACAGAGUGACCAUUGAUAGCAAUAAUUUAUUCAUGUCUCUGAUGGAACAAGUGAAGAAUUCAUUUAUAGAAUUGCUAGACCAAAAAAUAACCAUGACUUAUUUUGAUCCUAGUUUUGGGGACAUGGAUAUCAAGAAUGAUCAUGAUGUGAAAGAUUGUCUCGAACUCUUCCAAGAUUCAUCCUUUGAAACCAAGAACAAAUGUAUCAAACUUUCAGUGGCCAAUCAAUCUCAGCAAUUGUCCUAUCAUUCAACAAGUUCUUCCAACAACUCGAGUAACUACCCUGAAAGCAGUGAAUCGUUCCAGAACCAUGAAAUGAAAGGAUCAGAUAUUGACAACUCUUUUUCAUCACAAAGCUCGAGUUCAGCAUUACCAAGUUCAAGCUUUGGACUUUACUCUGAAAAGAACGACAAAGCUCAACCAUCUUCUUCAUCAAGGAACCAAGGCGGAUUUGGAAAUGUGUAUCAAGUGGUUGAUAUGAAAACAAAAAAAUCCAAAGCAUUGAAACAACUCCAAGUUGACAACCCUUCGAAUCUAAACGACGCAUUUAAGGAAGCGUUGACCAUGGCAAAAAUGUCACAUCCAAAUAUUGUUCAAAUUUAUGAUGCAUUUAUUCCCAAUAUUACUUCACGUGUGUGCAUUGAAAUGGAAUUGAUGCAAGGAAGUUUAAGGUCACUUUUCAUUGAUAAGAAAAUUAGGUUAUCAGAGACCAUGUUGAGACAAUUAACACAACAAGUAUGUGAAGCGUUGGAUUGGAUGUUUACCCAACACGGAGUUUUGCAUCGUGAUAUGUUUGCAUUGGGAGUGACUUUAUUUCAAUUAAUGUCCAUGAACACGACCAGUGUUUUAUCUCAAUAUUAUGAAAUGGGAGGAAAUGACAUUGAAAAAUUUAUUUUGAUGAAAAUUCCUCAAACCAAUCCAUACUCUUCAGAAUUUGUUGAACUCGUUGCAAACAUGUUGAAUUUGAAUCCACUGGAAAGAAUUCGACCAAAACUAGUGAUAUCUAAACUGAUGCAACAUCAUCCCUUCUCAAACUAA